AUGAGAACAAAGUUGAACCCCAUGGUUUUAAACCACAAAGCUGAAAAAGCCAAACAAGACAAUCGCCCCCGUGAUGAAACUGGCGGUUUUAAAAUGGAUAGAGUCAUGAGUGCUCCUCCACAACAAACAAUAGAAGAAUUCUCCACAAGUUCUAUGCCAUCUGUCUUUUUUAACAAUGAAAACAGUAUUUCGGAUCUCUCUACGCAUGAGUUUUUAGAGUCAAUCACAGGUAAGAAGGGUGAAGGACAUAAUUCUACAUGCCAAAUGAGCGAUCUCAAGUCCAUGCUCAGUGAGCUAAGCCUGAAGGACAGCAAUGAUGUUAAUAUAUUUGAUUGCGAUUCAGAAGAAAAUGGCCAGCUAUCUGAAUUUGUUAAGUUCAUGCAGAUCGAAAGACUAUUGAAACAGUUCCCACCCUUGGACAUUGACGCACUGAAUGAUAAAAUUAAUUCAAUACUGAAGAUCAAUGAAAGAACACCUGUUGAUAUCAAAUUUUACUUUGCAAAAGGUGAGGACAUCUAUCUUGAAAAAAUUAAAAAUUUAAAGUCAAAAGUUGACUCCCCAAUUGAAAAAGUCAGAGUAGAGUUUAACAGGGUAACAAAAAGCAAUGUCGGUUCAGUAGUAGAAAAUCUAUUCAAGAUUCAGAUCGAGAAAAUUGAAGAAAUGAAGGAAAUAGCAGCUUUUGUAUUUGAAAAGGUAAUAUCAGAGGAAGUUUUUUUCAACGUUUAUAUUAAAAUCAUUGGUGAGCUCUACAAAACAUGGCUGUGUGAUGAGGAGAAGAAGAUUAAGAAUUGCAAGCAAAGUUGCUUCUUUGGAACCCUUCUGUCUUUAGCAUUCAAGAAAUUUGAAAGUCAGCAUAAUUGGUUUGCGCAGGUUGAUGAGUCAAUUUUGUCAACGAACAGUACAAGUGAUAUUGAUGAGAAGAUUGAGGAAUGCUUUGCAGAAAAAUCAAAAAGACGUCUGCAUGCCUUGGGAACGGUGAAUUUUGUGAUUGCACUAUAUAUCAAUAAUAUAACAGGAGUUCACAACGUUACUGUUAUCAUUGAUAAGCUGACAUCGACAUUUACACCAGAGAACGUAGUCAUGCUGUGCCACGUAUUUGGUUCCCUUGGCCACAAACUUUUAGCUAAUAAUCGACGUGAAACCUUGAAGAAAAUCCUCGACUAUCUCAAAUCACAUUCAAAGUGCGGAGAUUUACGAUUGGAGGUUGAGAUUGAUAAGACAUUUUCUGCCAAUGUAAAUCUUAUAAAUGCCCUAAAGUCAACUCCGUCUCCUAUCCUUCAGAGAUCAAACUCAUUUGCAUCUCUUGUAGUUGAAGAAUCUAAAAAGGUUGAAAAACUGAAGAGUGAUGAUGACGUUUUGAGAGAAUACAUUAUGGAUAUUGGUGAUUGCUUAGACAGCAUUUCUGAUCCUGAUGAUUUAUUGGAGGUUGGAGAUAAAAUUUUCAAGGAUAUUGAUAAGUUUAAUAAUCGUAAAUUUCUCAAAGCUUACUUCAUUGAAAUGAUCACAAACCAUAAAAUUUAUCAAAAAUUCCUAAAUGUUUUGCUAAAUAAGCUUGUCCCAAAGGCUAUUUCACCAGCUGAAGCACUUUUUGAUGUAAAAGAAGAAAUGUCCAUACUAUCCAUAGAUUUUCCUUGCUCUACAAGGAAUUUUUCUGAAUUUCUUUGCCAUGCCAAGGCAAGAGACAUGAUAACCCAUGAAGAAUUUGAAAAACUCAAGCCAAACGAGUUUUUCAAGCGAGCAGGAAAUCUUCUCCGAGAGUGGAGGGAUUCAAAAGAUAAUAGAUUGCCAAAAGUACUAUCUGAGGAGGAUAUAAUACAAAAACUAUGA